UCGACGUGGCUUAGGCUCCUCUGGCGCGAAAAUGUCGCUCGUAGCGGGGGUUAUUCGGCGGUUGGACGAGACAGUGGUGAACCGCAUCGCGGCAGGGGAAGUUAUCCAGCGGCCGGCUAAUGCCAUCAAGGAGAUGAUUGAGAACUGUUUAGAUGCAAAAUCCACCAGUAUCCAAGUGGUUGUUAAAGAGGGAGGCCUCAAGUUGAUUCAGAUCCAAGACAAUGGCACCGGGAUCAGGAAAGAAGAUCUGGAUAUUGUGUGUGAGAGGUUCACUACAAGUAAACUGCAGUCCUUUGAGGAUUUAGCUCGUAUUUCUACCUAUGGCUUUCGGGGUGAGGCUUUGGCCAGCAUCAGCCACGUGGCUCAUGUUACUAUUACAACCAAAACAGCUGAUGCAAAGUGUGCAUACAGAGCAAAUUAUUCAGAUGGAAAGCUGAAAGCUCCUCCUAAACCCUGUGCAGGCAAUCAGGGGACCCAGAUCACGGUGGAGGACCUUUUUUACAACAUAUCCACGAGGAGGAAAGCUUUAAAAAAUCCAAGUGAAGAGUAUGGGAAAAUUUUGGAAGUUGUUGGCAGGUAUUCAAUACACAAUUCAGGCAUUAGUUUCUCAGUUAAAAAACAAGGUGAGACUGUAGCUGACGUUAGGACACUGCCUAAUGCCACAACAGUGGAUAAUAUUCGCUCCAUCUUUGGAAAUGCUGUUAGCAGAGAACUGAUAGAAGUUGGGUGUGAGGAUAAAACCCUAGCCUUCAAAAUGAAUGGCUACAUAUCCAAUGCAAAUUACUCAGUGAAGAAGUGCAUCUUCUUACUCUUCAUCAACCAUCGUCUGGUAGAGUCAGCUUCCUUAAGAAAAGCCAUUGAAACAGUGUAUGCUGCAUAUUUGCCCAAAAACACACACCCAUUCCUGUACCUCAGCUUAGAGAUCAGCCCCCAGAACGUGGAUGUCAAUGUGCACCCCACAAAGCACGAAGUUCACUUCCUGCAUGAGGACAGCAUCCUGGAGCGGGUGCAGCAGCACAUUGAGAGCAAGCUCCUAGGCUCCAACUCCUCCAGGAUGUACUUCACCCAGACUUUACUACCAGGUCUUGCUGGCCCCUCUGGGGAGGUGGUUAAAUCCACAAUGGGUGUGACCCCCUCAUCUACUUCUGGAAGUGGCGACAAGGUCUAUGCCCACCAGAUGGUCCGCACAGAUUCACGGGAACAGAAGCUCGAUGCCUUUCUACAGCCCGGGAGCAAGGCCGUGUCCAUUCAGCCUCAGGACGUUGUCCUAGAAGACAGGACCGAUGCUUCCAGUGGCAGGGCUGGGCAGCAAGAUGAGGAAAUGCUUGAACUCCCAGAGCCUGCUCAAGUGGCUGCCAGAAAUCAGGGCACGGAGGGAGAUGCAACAGAGGGGACUUCAGAAACAGCAGAGAAGAGAGGGCCCCCUUCCAGCCCGGGCAACCCCAGAAAGAGGCCUCGGGAAAGCUCUGAUGUGGAAAUGGUGGAAGAUGAUUCCCGAAAGGAAAUGACAGCAGCAUGUACCCCUCGGCGGAGGGUCAUCAACCUCACCAGUGUGCUGAGCCUCCAGGAGGAAAUCAGUGAGCGGGGACAUGAGAAAUCGUCUUGUGCGGGAGGCAGGGCAGCUGCUGUUACCUGUUUUGAAGCACUCCGGGAGAUGCUGCAUAACCACUCCUUUGUAGGCUGCGUGAAUCCACAGUGGGCCUUGGUGCAGCAUCAGACCAAGUUGUACCUUCUCAACACCACCAAACUGAGUGAAGAACUGUUCUACCAGAUACUCAUUUAUGAUUUUGCCAAUUUCGGUGUUCUGAGGCUGUCGGAGCCAGCGCCGCUGUUUGACCUGGCCAUGCUUGCCUUGGAUAGUCCUGAGAGUGGCUGGACAGAGGAAGAUGGUCCCAAAGAAGGACUUGCCGAGUACAUUGUUGAGUUUCUGAGGAAGAAGGCUGAGAUGCUCGCAGACUAUUUCUCUUUGGAAAUCGAUGAGGAAGGGAACUUGACUGGAUUACCCCUGCUCAUCGACAGCUAUGUGCCCCCUUUGGAGGGUCUGCCUAUCUUCAUUCUUCGACUCGCCACGGAGGUGAACUGGGAUGAAGAGAAGGAAUGUUUUGAAAGCCUUAGUAAAGAAUGUGCUAUGUUUUACUCCAUUCGGAAGCAGUAUAUAUCUGAGGAGUCAACCCUCUCGGGCCAGCAGGGCUGUAGGAUCCCUGAGAGGCUGACCAGAGAGGAUGUUUCACCAGCAGCAGAGCGAAGUGUCAGGCUCCUCUGCAAACCCCUGGAAGUGGACUGUGGAACACAUUGUUUAUAAAGCCUUCCGCUCCCACCUUCUGCCUCCUAAACAUUUCACAGAAGAUGGAAAUAUCCUACAGCUUGCUAACCUGCCUGAUCUGUACAAAGUCUUCGAGAGGUGCUGACCACGAUCACUUGCGGACUCUGGGCUGUGUGGUUCUUGCACUGCAUCCUGACGAGGAUAGGUCUUAGGGUUGAAGACUCCCGUUUGCCCUCUAACUAGUAGCACUCUUUCAUGCUUGGUGGAUUGACCAGAAAUAAAUUGUCAGAUGUGUCCUAA